AUGUUAAUCCCUUUCUUUGAGCUUGUUUCUCAUUCGACGGCCCACAUUCCUGUUUCACAUCCGCUCCACCGACAUCGACAAUAUUGGCCCAGUUUUGUACCAAACCAACAGGUGUCUCGAACACGUCGGGCCGCUGGUUACCGGCUUAGAUACCGCGUCAACCCGCUCGUCUGUCUGUCUGUCAGUCCGCCUAUUCUGCUGCAUCUGGAGCCUGGUUGCUUUUCCUCCUUUCUCCCUUUAUCUGGUACGAAUGGCAGCAGCCGCUUCUCUACGCGACGCAGAAAACACAACACAUCAGAGUGA